AUGUCAAAUCACACUUUGAACGAUGUAGAAGAAGGAAAAGAUUACUCUUUUCCUCUUCAGGAAGAAGCAAUACUACAGUUAUGGGAAGAAACAGACGCUUUUCACCAGCAGCUAAAAUUAAGUGAAGGGCGCCCUGAUUUCGUCUUUUACGAUGGACCACCUUUUGCUACGGGUCUCCCUCAUUAUGGCCACAUAUUAGCUGGAACUAUCAAGGAUGUUAUAACACGAUAUGCUUCUGCAACUGGUUUUCAUGUCAUACGUCGAUUCGGAUGGGAUUGCCAUGGCUUGCCUGUGGAAUACGAGAUUGAUAAGAAAUUAGGAAUCAAGAGCAAGUCAGAUGUACUCAACAUGGGAAUUGGAGUCUACAAUGAAGAGUGCAGAAAGAUAGUGAUGAGAUAUGCUCGCGAAUGGGAGCAAACAAUAACUCGGUCAGGUCGUUGGAUUGAUUUCCGUCAUGAUUAUAAAACUUUAGAUUUGAAUUUCAUGGAGAGCGUGUGGUGGGUUUUUAAAACAUUAUUUGACAAGAAUCUGGUCUAUCGCGGCUUCAAAGUUAUGCCAUACUCAACGGCCUGUAACACACCUAUUUCUAAUUUUGAGGCGGGUCUUGACUACAGAGAUGUUUCAGAUCCUGCAGUCUUGGUAUCCUUUCCUGUGAUGGAUUGCGAUUUCAAAAGUUCCUUUGUUGCAUGGACUACUACCCCAUGGACUCUGCCAAGCAAUUUGGCUUUGUGUCUAAAUCCUCAGUUAAUCUAUGUUUAUUUAAAAGAUCCUCUUGGCACGGUUUUAAUUGUUGCAAAAUCCUGUAUUUCUGUGAUUCCAGGUGCUAUGAAUAAAAAGAAGAAACUUUCAGAUGGUUGGGAAAUAUGCAAGGAAGUAGCUGGUGAAGAGUUGAAGGAUUUGAGAUAUGAGCCUUUGUUUACGAUCUUUGAAGCUGAGAUGAAGGAUACUGCAUUUCGUGUUUGUAUUGAUGAUUAUGUAACAGAGGGCUCGGGGACUGGUGUAGUGCAUCAAGCUCCUGCAUACGGCGAAGAUGACUAUCGUGUUUGCCUUGCUCACGGGAUUAUUUCAAAAGGAGGCACGCUACCGGAUCCAGUCGACGAUAAUGGUUGCUUUUGUUCUCCAAUACCUGAAGAAUUGAUCGGGAGAAAUGUGAAAGAUGCAGAUAAGGAUAUUAUCAAAAUUUUGAAAGAAAUGAAUAGACUUGUUGAUAGUUCUCGCAUAGUUCAUUCGUACCCAUUUUGUUGGCGUUCACACACACCAUUAAUUUACAAGGCAGUAGCAUCCUAUUUUGUUAAAGUAGAAGAUUUGAAGGAAAAACUGCUUGAGAACAAUAAACAAACACACUGGGUUCCUUCACAUGUCAAGGAAAAGCGCUUCCAUAACUGGCUUGAAAAUGUACAUGAUUGGUCGAUCUCUCGGAACAGAUUUUGGGGAACUCCUAUUCCUGUAUGGACUUCACCUGAUGGUGAAGAAAUUCGUGUAAUUGGUUCUGUUGAAGAACUCGAGCGCUUGUCUGGUGAGAAAGUGAGUGAUCUUCACAGACACUUCAUCGAUCAUUUGGAAAUUCCCUCUUCGCGAGGUACUGACUAUCCAAGCCUUCGUAGAGUAGAGGACGUUUUUGAUUGCUGGUUUGAGAGUGGAAGCAUGCCUUAUGCUCAGCAACAUUAUCCAUUUGAGAACAAUCAAUAUUUUGAGACGAACUUCCCGGCUGACUUUGUUGCUGAAGGCCUUGAUCAGACACGCGGUUGGUUCUACACAUUGAUGGUACUUUCAACUGCUCUUUUUGAUCGCCCAGCAUUCAAAAAUCUUAUUUGUAAUGGUCUUGUCUUAGCAUCUGAUGGAAAAAAAAUGUCUAAGUCCUUGAAGAAUUAUCCUGACCCGUCCAAGAUAUUGAAUGAGUAUGGUGCUGAUGCCUUACGCUUAUAUUUGAUCAAUAGUCCUGUUGUUCGCGCUGAGCCACUUCGUUUCAAAGAAGAAGGGGUGUUCUCAAUUUUGAAGAAUGUCUUUUUGCCAUGGUAUAACGCUUAUCGCUUUUUAGUCCAAAAUGUUCGUCGUGUCGAGAAAGAAAAGCAGACAUUGUUCAUCCCUGAUAUUGAAAGUGACACAAAGCUAAAUGUGCUCGACCGUUGGAUUAUAUCGGAGUCUAAUACUCUUGUCGGAUUUAUUCGAGCUGAAAUGGAGGGGUAUAGGUUGUAUACAGUUGUUCCACGCUUGAUUAAUUUCAUCGAACAACUUACGAAUAUCUACGUUCGAUUCAAUCGAGGGAGAUUAAAAGGAAAAGAUGGAGAGUCCGAUUGUCAGGCCGCUCUUUCAGUGCUCUUUUAUGUAUUGGUUCUAUUAUGUAGAGCAAUGUCUCCAUUCACACCUUUCUUUGUUGAGAAAAUGUAUCAAAAUUUGAGGCACUGCCUUGAGAGUUCUCAAAAUAGUAUACAUUUCGAAUCAUUUCCGGAAAUGCAGGAAGGUGCUCAUGAUGUAAGAAUUGAAGCUUCGGUUAAAUGCAUGCAGAAUAUUAUUGAACUUGGUCGAACUGUACGUGAGCGAAAGAAAAUGCCUUUAAAACUACCUUUGUCCUCGAUGACUAUUGUUCACAAGGAUGCAGUAUUAUUGCAAGAUAUUUUCAGUAGCCUAAAGAGCUAUAUCACUUCCGAAUUGAAUGUUCGAGACAUCAGUGUAUCUUCGGAUCCUCUUCAAUACGCUGACUUACGUGCAGAACCUAAUUUUACUCUGUUAGGCAAACGGUUGGGUAAAAAAAUGGGAAGCAUUUCAAAAAUAAUUAAGAACAUGAGUACGGAAACUGUGAUGGCCUUCCAAACUGAUGGAGCAAUCAGCCUUGAGGAUGAAAUGAUAGAUAUAAGCGAAGUUGUACUGCGUUAUGAAUUCAAAAAUCUGGCGAAUUCGAAUAAUAUAGAAGCUAUAUUGGGAGAAGAUGGGUUAAUGAUUCUAAUGGAUAUGGAAGUUCAUGAGGAACUGGUGGAUGCUUGCAUUGCGCGAGAAAUAGUGAACCGAAUACAGAAAUUAAGAAAGCAAAUUAGUUUGAAAUUUGAUGAUGAUGUCAGAAUAUACUAUCAAAUAAUUCCCGGUCAGAGCAAAAAAUUAAGUGAUGAUCUAAUGCGAGUACUAUCUGUAUUUAAGACAUAUUUUGAUGAAAAUUUGGGAACCAUUCCAGAAGUGGAGAGUGAAAAAAGUACUUCAAAAGUUCUGUUGACGCAGGACUCAGUCACAUUGAGUUCGGGUAUAAGUUUUGAAUUGAAGUUGUGUAAGCCUGUUGUAAAGAUAGACUCCGAACUUCUUCUUCAAACUUGUAACCAUGAUUUUGAUCUAUACACAAGUUUUAAAGCGCUCAUACUUUCUAGAGAUUACUCUAACUUACGGAGCGACUUUCAAAAGAGUAAUAACAUCUUAACGUUGGAGUGUGAUGGACAAAAGAUAAAUGUGCAAAUUGGUGUGGAGUUACAAUUCUGA